GGCCCGCUCGCAGCGGCGCGUGCACACCUCGCCCCCCACUCAGCACAGGCUGGCCCGCGCCGCAGACACGCCGCCCACCGCCGCCCACGCCGCCGCCUCAUGGGGCGACACGGCCCGCACCGGCACCGGGGCCCUCCGGCAUCGCCUGCUCCACGAGCAUGACCGGCGCGCCUCUGGUAGCCACUCUGCGGGGCAGCGAGCCGUGAUGUGGGCGCUGCUCUUCCUGCUGGCCGCUGCCCUCGCCACAGUAGCAGGGCAGGUCGCGGAGGAGCCAGCCCCGGUGUUCCUGGCGCCACUCGACAACGUAACGGCCACGCAGGGGAGGGACGUCAGCUUCACCUGCGUCGUGGACCACCUGGGCGAGUACAAGGUGGCGUGGAUCAAGUCUGACUCGAAGGCGAUCCUGGCGAUCCACACGCACAUGGUGGCGCACAACCCGCGGCUGGCCGUCACGCACAACGGCCACAACACGUGGAGGCUGCACGUCAGCAACGUCCAGCGCGCCGACUCCGGCUCCUACAUGUGCCAGGUCAACACCGACCCCAUGAAGUACAUGACGGGCCACCUGGAGGUGGUGGUGCCCCCGGACAUCGUGGACGACGGCGCCAGCGCAGCCUCCGCGGCGCCCGAGGGCGGCUCUGUGCGCAUGCGCUGCACGGCCACCGGGGACCCGCCGCCGUCCGUCAUCUGGAAGCGCGAGGACGGCCGCGACAUCGUGCUCCGGCUGCCCGACGGCCGCCAAGCGCAGCACCAGGUGGAGGGCGACACGCUGCUGCUGAGCGGCGUGACGCGCGCCGACAUGGGCGUCUACCUGUGCGUCGCCUCCAACGGCGUCCCGCCGGCCGUCAGCAAGCGCUUCCCCGUCAGCGUCCACUUUCACCCACUGAUCAAAGUGACCAACCAGCUGGUGCUGGCGCCACAGGGCAGCGACGUGGUGCUCCAGUGCUACGUGGAGGCCUCUCCCAGGGCGCUCAACUCCUGGCACCGCGAAACAGGUGAGAAGCUGAUGGCGAACACGGGCGGCAAGUACGUGAUCCGCGAGACGCAGCUGAACGAGUACGCGGUGCUGAUGAACCUGACGGUGCGCGACGUGCACGCCGCGGACUUCGGCAGCUACACCUGCAGCUCCGUGAACGCGCUCGGCCGCGUCGAGGGCACCGUGCGUCUCCAAGAGCUGUACCUGCCGCGGUCGACGUCACGACCGGACCAGCACGCGGCAGGCGGCAAAGGGCUGUCGCGGCCCAAGGCGCCGCCGCCGCACACCAAGGCGGAGGCCGGCGGCGGCGGCCGCGGGGCCCACAAGCACCACCAUGCGGGCAAGCGCAACCGCCAGCAGCAGCUGCCGUACCGACACCACGACCUCGGCCCGGAGGACGACGAGGAGCUCGGCCUGUACGGCGCGCUGGGCGGCGCCGCGGGCCACGACCACGACCGCGACCGCGACCGCAUGCGCGACCCGCUGCUGGAGCGCGCCGCGCCCGCGCGCGCCUCCACGGCGCCGCCUCCAGGGCUGGCCAACUCGCUGGACGCCGGCGCGGCGGCCGUCGGCUGUCCCCGCUCUACCACACUGCUGGCGUCCCUCCUGGUCGUCGCCUUACCGGCACUCUUCAGCCACUGAACCGCGGCCACGGCCUCACUGCCACUCGAAGUUCCUCCAUCGGACAGCCGAGAUGGUCCGAGGGCGGCCUCAUUUGAAGCACUUGUUAUGUUGCUGCCUCGGCUGUCCGGAGGCGCUGAAGAGUGUCCAAUACGUUUCAUAUAGACUCGCACUCGAUACAAGUCGAAUAAAUCACUCUGAAGACAAGACAGAGAUGUGUGCUGAGAUGUAUCCCCGUAUACAGCGCUGAGGGAGCUCUUAUGUAUGUUUCGAAAUAUAGAUGCAUUCUAGCUACUCUUCCAUGUCUGAGCUGUUCCAUCGUAUCCGUGGGCACUGGAGGCAUGCAACAAGUAUUUUAUGACAACUUCACUCCGACGGUCACUAGUUUUGAAAAAUGAUGGACUACCUUUGGCGAUUAAUAGACUGAAAUCUUUUAUUCUUUUUUAUUGUGGAAACAUAAUAAACCGCUUGAGUUGUAAAUCCGAUUACUUGUUCGAUCAAAAGCGGUUUCGGUCGAUUGUAAGUCCAUCUUCAGGCGAACAAAGACGAUGAGGCGCGCUGCUGCCGCCACUGGACAGCAGGCUCCGGGCACGUGACAGCCUCACGUGAAGCCAAGGUACGCUGAACAAAUAAAAUUCAAGCAAUUUAUUAUCAGUUUCCACGGUGGCCAGUUGCAGAUGUCCUGUGAAACAAAUUUUCUUAUUGUGGUUAUGACACACUCACAUGAGCAUUUUACACUGUCAUUAGAUACUAAAUAUAUUCGUAAUUUCGAAUAUGUACAACCAUCAGCUGUAGAAUAGAAUGACGACAGUGAAAACCUGUGCCAGACCGGAACUCGAACCCUGAUUUCCCGCUUAUGGCGAGCGGUCGCCUUACCAUUUGGCUAUCCGUGCACGACUCACAGCCAGACCCAAAUUUCCAUUUGUCGUCAACCAUUUGUCUACUACCUACACCCGUACAUCCCUUUCGUAUAUUCCCGUACAGGUGAGACUUUUACUUGAAACUCGCUUUCCCGGUGUCGGCGGAUAAAUACUAUAGUGCAAUGCCUGUGUCGUUUCGAAUUACCAUGCAAAGUUCCUCUGGACAUCGUAACUGUUAUAAUAAGUUCAAACAGCCAGUGGUAAUCUUCCCACUCACGGCACCUACUACAAGCGGUUCCAGUUGUGCUGUCAACAACACUGAAAGAUCAGUAUUGUUGACGACGCAACGAAAACCGCUUACAACAUGUGCAUUUAGUAGGAUGACUGACUACUAGCUGUCAAAAAUCAGUUUCUCAAUGUGAAAUGUUCAUAUGAUACUGUCAUACAAAUGUAGAGACAAUAAAAGACUAAGUCUUUAAUUUUCGUUCCUGAUCGGGUCCACUCCUUUAGACGACAUACCCUAGUCAUCAGGCCAUUUACAUGACAUUUUUUGACUUAUAUGAUUCAGUGUCAUGUGGCUAAUGCUACUUUAUGGCAGUAUACCUCAUCGAAACCCCCUCAGAACAGUAAGAUAAAACAAUGACUGUGCCCCACGUUUCCUGCUUAAUUCAAUUGGAGUUAGAGCCGAAAAAAAUCCUUUGACGUAUUUGUGAACUACUUUAUCAAUGUCAUUUCUACCCUGGAAACUAACUUCGUGUCUACUUCAUUUUGACGGUAGCGCCCACAACCCUGAUACUAAUAUACUAUGCUGUGGCUUACAUAAACGACUGCUAAAAUAAAUAAAUAAAUAACCAAUUACGGUUGAAGUGGAAUACCCAAAUAUACUUUUCUAAUUUUUUAGUAAUUAAUAUUUAUGUACAAAUCGCAAAUUUCUGGAUUGUACCAAUAUGAUGUCACUGCGACAAAAAAAAACGAUAAAACAAAAAUAUUGGUGCAGUUCCGAGUUAUCGAGAUUUAGAAAAACUAGUUAAUGACGGUUUAUGGUAUAAAGUUAUUGAAGAGCUGUGAAACGUACAUAUUGACAGUGAGUGAGAAAAUUAUCAAAAGGUGGGCUGUUCAAAGUUAUUGAAUAAUAACUUUGGGUUUAUAGCUCAACUGGAGGUUUACAGACAAAAUAUAGAAUGAAGGAGUAAAGGAGAAGUGGAAAACGGUGUAGAGUUGGAGAAGACCGAACGGUGUGGAUACAAAAUGGUAACAUACUAAAAGAAGAGAGCAGAGAGAGAGGGAGAGAGAGAGAGAACGAGUCUGGUAAGGAAAAAAGAGAAAAAGCAGAACAGUGAGGAGAAAGAAAUAUAGUGUGGGAGGGGAAAAGACAUAGAGAGGUAAGGAAGACACAGAACUGUUAAGAAACAAAGAGAGAUAGAAACUCGUGAAGCAAUUCUCGGAAAUAGUCCAUUAGUAUGCUUCCUUUUUUGUGCUACCAAAUAAAAUCACUAUUUCAAUAACUGAGUGCUGAUGAACGCUAAGUACUCUUCAAGACUAACAGAUAUUUUAAAAUUACAAACAGAAGAUUUCUUCGUUCCAUUAGCUUUAUACAGAUCCCUCUUUAUAACAGAAGCAAAUUGUGUUAUUUCAUUUAAAUAUCACAUCCUUCCAGGAUCCUACAUUUUCCAGCGGAAGUAUCAGUGACUUAAACAAUAUUUUUAGCAGCUUGUCAAUGAAUACCUCAUGUGUUGAACUCUUUUGGUUUAUGGACAGAUGAUCUUUUAUCUUACAUUAAUGUCGCUCAUACACGCUGUAAUUAAUAUCACAUGCUACAAUUAAGUCAUCGAUAGUAAAUAGACAAGUGUGAUAAUGUUGUUGGGGCUAGAACCAAGAUGUUGUGUCAGUGUGGGUAACGUAUGUGAGAUGAACCCUCAUGAUAUAUUGGCGUGUGACGAGGGCCUCCCGUCGGGUAGACCGCUCGCCUGGUGCAAGCCUUUCCAUUUGACGCCACCUCGGCGACUUGCGCGUCGAUGGGGAUGAGAUGAUGAUGAUUAGGACAACACAAUACCCAGUCGCUGAGCGGAGAAAAUCUCCGACCCAGCCGGGAAUAGAACCCGGACCCUUAGGAUUGACAGUCUGUCGCGCUGACCACUCAGCUACGGGGGGCGGACAUGAACCCUCAUGGCAACCAGUCUUUACUGCAGAAAGCAUCUUCAGUGAACGGAGUGAGCAAAAAUGGCGUCUUUCGCUUGCAAGCAAGCUCAAGACUAAUUCAAAACAACAAAAAAGGAUAAUUAUUACCUAAUGAAACUAUGUUAGUUCGUUGCUUCAUGUGUUCAUUCAUGUUAUAAAAUAGAGUUUUUAUCCCCAUAUGUAAUGUUAUUAAUGACCAUUAUACUGUGCGUUGACCAGACUGUAUAGCUUAUUGUGAACCACAUUCUUUCUGGAGUUUCUACAUUCAUUUGGUACAUAAUUUGGAGCUCUCUGAAUUAUUCUACAAAACCAGUACUGCAGCAGUUUUACCACUAAUUUUAAUUUAAAUUUUAUGUUUGGAGUUAAUUGACUAUUAUACAGAUUGUUAAUAACUGCAGUAACAAAAUGUGUUUAAUAACAAAUUUGAAAGUUCUGUAAAAUACAGAUAUAGAACUUUCUAUGCUACUUGUGGGAGAAGACUAUAAAGAAUAGAGAAAAAUGCAAGAACGGGCCCUAUAACUUCUUUUCAUGAGUCCCAUUCAAUACAUUUCAUUUACCCAACAGCAGUACAGUAAACAUUUUUGUGGAAAUUUUAACUGUCCAGCUCCUAUACACGUAUUUGAACCUCCAAAUUAAAAAGAAAGUGAGAUCAUGGUCUUGCAAUUACACGACAUGUUAAUAAUGUAUUGUGACCUUUAAAACUGUCAUCUGAUUAAUUACCAUUAUUAUCACACCGACAGCAGUAACGCAUCUUCCUUCUCCCCUACAAAAUAACUGAGAGGACCAGUAGUUAUUUUGCUGCUGUAUUGUCACUACAACACAUGUAAUAACAGUGUUUUGUGCACAGAAGGUACUGUUGUGAAACGAACGAGUCUUCCUGCGUUAGUGGAUGGUGACUAAUAACCAAAGAACAACAACAGUGUAAUUGUAUGGAACAGUAUAGAAGGGUGGUGACUCAAAGACUUAUUGUUUUAAGCUUGGGUCAAACAGCGAAGUAAACGAUAAAACAAGGUAUUUGGUGUUCUGAUAGAUGUUUUUAAAGAAAACUAAAACUGUUUUUCCCUUAAGUGUUUACAUCAAAUAUUCGCCCUGAUUUCCAACGAUUAAAUGUUUGUAACGAAAACAUUUUGUGGUGUCUGUGUACAGAUAAAUGUAAUACCACUCUGUGUUUCCAAAAACAUAAGCUACCAUCAUUAGGAAGUUGUCUACCGUCAUAAACAGUUCAUAAAAAAUGUCUUCCAAUAUUAUUGAUACAUAAUAGUUAGCAUUUUCUGAAAAAAUUCCAAGUAAAUUAGACGAAAUUAAAAAUGUGUGUUAUAAAACAGUAUAGAGGAAAUGUUUCACAACUGCCUAUUUUGAUAUAUACCAUAAAAUUAAUUUUAAUUACUAUUAAGUGGAUAAAGUUGUAUUUACUUUUACUGAAGCUUGUAGCGUUUUGUAUUUACGAUUUGGAACUGGUGUUAAAUUGUGCGUUCCCAAAUAAUUUGCUAGAGUGAUAUAUAUGUACACUUGAAAGUGUCACUUUGUUGUAUUAAUAUUAAAUAUAUUUUAUUUAAAUAAACGAUACCUAUCAA